AAUGGCAAGGGAUGAUACAGAGAAAGACUGACAAAUUCUUUUUAUUUUUUCUUGCAAAAAGAAAAUAAUUAAUAUAAAAUAUAAUUAUUGUACUCACACAAAUCAAAAUUUAUUUUCCAAAGAGUUAGCAAAGUUCUUUGUGUAAAGAACACUGAUUUAAGACAGAAAAGAUGUUCGAAAUACGAAACAAGAACACAGUAUGUUUCAAUUCAAUGGUAAAAACUAUCCGAAAAAGUGUUGUAGGGACUUAUCCAUCCUGCCACAUCCCAACCCGUUUGGAAGAACGUCGGGCAAAGGCAAGAAUCCUGAGGCAAGAACGACGUCGAAAGCCAGACAAACCCGAUGACUUUGUGACGUACGAUGAUUCAGGCAGUGACGAAGAGACUCCCCAGCAGCAAGAGGAAGUUCUCAAUACAUCAUUUAAUUUGACAGACUAUCUACGUAGUCGGGAGUCUAGUUUUGAUGAGACGAGAGGUGUAAAUUUCGAGCAUGCCAGUCGAUAUGUUCUCACCCAUGACAUGCUCCGUGAAACUCAAAUAAACUUAGGAUAUAUAAAUAAAGUGUUUUGCUCCAAAUGGCUUAGCAAUCGACAGGUCGUUUUCGGAACCAAAUGCAAUAAGUUACUUGUGUACGACGUGAAUAUGCGACGUGUGGAUGCCAUACCAACAUUAUCAAAUAAUCGUGCUAAUCAUCCUGAGGUCCAAGGUGGCCUCCAUGCAAUCGAAAUAAAUCCGAGUCGUACUUUCCUGGCUACAGGAGCGAGAAACUCUGCAGACGUUGCCGUGUACCGAUUACCCACACUCGACCCUGUGUGCGUUGGGGAGAAUGGCCACCGAGAUUUAAUAAUGGGAAUGUGCUGGCUUGACGACCAAUUCUUAGUGUCUGGUUCAAAAGACUCUAAACUGUCCAUUUGGCGGAUCAAUGAGGACUACAUGGAUUUCCCUGAUGGUGGCAAAGAAGCUUGUCCAACAUUUGCCACAAUUAAUCCGCUUUGCGUCAAUACUUGUAGAACAGCACAAAGGAUUCGUUCCCUUUGCUUCAACAAGGAAUUCAAAGAAAUUGCUGCCCUCUCUCUAAACGGAUACAUUCACAUAUUCAAUGCAGAAACUUUUAAACAAAAGCUCUCUAGAAAAUUGCCAAAUUGUCAGGAUAAUGUCAGCAUAGCAUAUCACAACGAUGGGCUUUAUGCUGUAGGGUGUAGAUCAUAUACAAUAUUAUUGGAUGCAAGAACAUUACAAACAAUCAAAAAGAUCACGUCACGUUAUAGUGGAUGCGGAAUACGUGCCACUACAUUUGAAGGCAAUCUUCUUACUGUUGGCACAGGCUUGGGAAUGCUUCUAUUUUACGAUAUACGUGCUGGUAAAUAUCUCGAAAGCAGUGUCAAUGCAUCUCGAACGGUUGCAUUAAAAUGCAGUAAGGGCAUUGUGGUAAGAAAAGAGUAUCCUGAAGAUGAAAUGGAUGGAUUCCAAGUUAAAUAUGUUCCUGCAAUUUAUACUCAUUGCUAUGAUAGUACUGGUAUGAGGCUUUUUGCCGCUGGCGGCCCAUUACCCGCAACAUUAGUUGGAAAUUAUGCUGGAGUUUGGCAAUAGUAUUUACAGUUUUUAGCAUGAUUUUGUAUGUAUUCAAUAACUCGCUAGUUUUUAUUAUCAACUUGUUUUAAAAACACAACGUGAACUGAAAAUCAUGAUUUUUAAAAAAAAUUACAACUAAUUUGAUUUGUUGAUCAACACGAAAGCAUAAUACAGAUUCGAAUUAUAAAUCUUUCAGAAGGUACGUGAAGGUAUAGGCUUCGUUCACAAAUUUGAUUAUCUGUAAAGAUUGUGACUACACUUGGUGAUAUGCUUAGACCCAGAUCGAAAGACCAUAUUAUACUUUUUAAAAAAAUCUAUCAAAAACUUUUAUGUACAUAUAUUUAGUUCUAUUAUUGUAGACCAUCUGUAGAAGUUGUUAAAAGGAAAAUUCAAAAACAGCUUUUUGGUUUUUGGGCAUGAGUGUUGCUUUUAAAACCAAGUGUAAAAACGAGUGCAAUUAAAAGAACAGAAUAAGUUUUCAAUUCAACAUUCGUGCCGCACGCACUCUGGUCAAAAUUAUAUUUGUCUAUCCUUUUGACUGUGCGGUAAAUGUGGUAAAAUAAUACAUGCCCUAAUACAUAAUCCACUGUUCCAAGGAAACAAAUUAGUAUCGUGCAAUCGCAAAUGCAUUUAAUACAGAAAUGUAUAGGUUUAUAUUCUAGAUUCAUUGUGUGGCUAAAGAAACAAUCUUCUAUGCUAGGUGUAAUAAAUAAAAGUUGAUAAUAAAAACCGGCUGAUACUGAUAGAAAUAUAAUUAAAAAUUAUAAUUAUUAUAAUAUAAGUGAAAGUUUUAUAGUAACAAAUUGACUGAAAGAAGAACAAAAUUGCUUGUGUGUUCAAAUCGCAAUAACUUUUUUGAACUUUAUAACUAAAUUUAAUUUAAAGUAUGUAUUAAUUAAAUAAUUGAAAAACAAAUAAAUAAAUAAAAUUAAAUGCA